GCUCUACAAUAAUUGGUUUCUCUUGUCGAAUUAGGAAUUUUUAUUUGCUAUAACUGUAAUUGGCGUCUUGCGAUUAAUUAUUUGGCAGUGAUGGAGAAUGAGAGGGAGGAUUACAGGAGGAGCCUGCUGAGAAGUGAUGAAGGGCGGAGGCGGAACUUUUGGUCGACUGUUCAAGCCCAGGCAAUGGCGAUGGGGUUAACCCGGAGGAAUGUGGCUGUUGUUUCGGGGCCUGUGGCGUGUGUUUUGGUGUUAAGGUUUGCGGACAUGGGGGACAAAAGCGGAGCCAUGCUGGGAGCGCUGUGCUGGAUUUUCAUCUGGUGGAUGACGGAGGCGGUGCCCAUCGCGAUCACAUCGUUGGCGCCUCUCUAUCUAUUUCCGCUGAUGGGCAUACGGAAGGCGGAUUCCGUUGCCAAAUCGUACAUGAACGACGUGAUAGCGCUGGUGAUCGGGAGCUUCAUUCUGGCGAUUGCAGUGGAGGAGUAUGGUAUUCACAAGCGCCUCGCACUUCAUAUGUUGGUUGCCUUCACAGGAAAGAAGGUAAGUCCGCCCCUCCUUUUGCUCGGUUUCUGCGGAGCCACGGCGUUUGUGAGCAUGUGGAUGCACAAUGUCGCAGCCGCCGUGAUGAUGAUGCCUGUCGCCACAGGUGUUCUGGCCCGCAUAAUGGGCGCCCAGGGCUCUUCUUCUUCUUCUUCUUCUUCUUUCGAGAAAGACAAUAAGGGGUGCGAGGAAGAUGGGUUAGUUCAACAAGAAAUUGUUCAUCGGGAUUUGGUUAUGUUCUGCAAGGCGGUUGUGCUGGGUGUGACAUACGCUGCGGCCAUUGGAGGGAUGUCCACGCUGACGGGAACUGGUGUGAAUUUGAUUCUGGUGGGGAUGUGGCAGAGCUAUUUCCCUUCGGCCGAGCCCAUUACUUUUAUGGAGUGGUUUCUCUUCGCUUUUCCCAUGGCUUUUGUGCUAUUUCUCUGCCUCUGGGUCAUUCUCUGUGUCUUGUACUGCUCUAAAACUUGUGCGAAAUCUUUAUCUGCUUUCCUCGACAAAGCCCAUCUCAAGAUGGAGCUCGAAAGCCUAGGGCCAAUGUGUUUUGCGGAAAAGAUGGUUCUCUCUCUCUUCUCGGUUCUGAUAGUAUUGUGGAUGACCAAGAGCAUAACAGACGAUUUUCCGGGAUGGGGAGAUCUUUUUGGUGGAUAUCCCGGUGAUGGAACUGCUAGCGUGAUGGUUGCAACACUCCUGUUUAUCAUUCCGAGCAGGAAAGCUCCGGGUGAAAAGCUGAUGGAUUGGAAUAAGUGCAAGAAGUUGCCCUGGAACAUCAUUCUGCUGCUUGGUGCAGGGUUUGCUAUAGCAGAUGGUGUGAGGAAGAGUGGAUUGGCAGCUUUGAUGUCAAGGAAUUUGGACUUUCUAGAAUCAGUGCCAUAUCUUGCAAUAGCCCCUGUAGUAGUUGUGUUAUCCAGCACAAUCACAGAGUUUACAUCUAACAAUGCAACGACAACAUUGUUUGUGCCAUUACUAAUACAAGUGGCAUUGUCUAUGAAUCUUCAUCCCCUGCUUCUGAUGAUUCCUGCUGCCAUUGGAGCUCAAUAUGCAUUUUUGCUGCCCACUGGAACUCCUUCCAAUGCCGUUGGCUUUACAACGGGAUACCUUGAGAUGAGUGACAUGUUCAAGGUUGGAAUUCCCCUCAAAAUUGCAGGGAUCGCCACGAUAUCCUUCUUCAUGCCCUCCCUUGGAGCCUACGUGUUUGGGACCAAGACACCCGUGACAUAGAGAGAUUGGUCAAAACCUUUUUUCUUCUAUGAAGUGGGACCGCCAAGGAAUUGCAUGUUUUUCCAUCAACUUCUUGCGUCGCCAUCAUGGUGUUACAUUAGAGUUCAAACCAAAUAAGAAAUGUAAAUAUGUAACAUUUAAAAGGGAAUGGACACUCAAUAUUUGUGGGAAAGAGGAAGUAUGAUCCAAGACCAAAAUUGGGUUAUAGUGGGUUAAUUUUGAUGGCCAUCUGAUUUUUUUUAACACAUUAAAUAUAUUAUAUUGUAAAGUUUAAUUGAAUCAAUUUAAGGGAGGUGAUAAAGGUUCAAUAUUUU